CAUCUCGCCGAGCGCACACAGCGCGCACACCACCCGCCUGUCGCUGUCCGUGUGUGGCGAAAUGUGAGUCGAGCGACCGCGAGUGAGUGGCUGGUCGGCUGCUCGUGCGCGCUGCUGCUGUGUGCUGCCUUCAGAUUCGAAUCAAUUAAACUUUCUAUUCGAGCCGUGCGAUAAACGCGAUCGGACGGGCGCGCUCGCUGUCAAAUCAUCAUCAUCCAGGCGAAAAACUAAAACAGUGCGCAAUCCCGUGCGCAAUAAAGUGCAAUAAUACCAAAAGCAGACAAUAGUGUUGCGUGCGUGAGUGCAGUGUGUAAUCAAAAGCAAAGUGCACGCCGAAUACGAAUCGAAUCUGUACAAUUUCGGGGUUGAAUAAUAUCAUAUCGGGCGAUUAUUUGACAAUUUACGCUGGGGAAACAAGUGCGGUGCAGAUUUACUGCGCUAUCACGUCAGAGGUGCGUGUGCAUCUUCGUCUGGCGCGUGCGCGCCGCGUCUAUCGUUCGCGCUCGUGUUCGAUCGCGAGCGCGCGUUCGUCUCGCUCGCACUCGGCCCGCUUCGUGUGCCCGAUCUGGCGACGUCGCUUCCGUACGUCAGCUGGUGGCCUGGUGGCGAAGUGCGACAGAGUAGGCAGAAAUGGCGGCGCUCUGUCCAGGUGUUCAGUAUGGCCUGUCAUCGCAGGAGAGUUUCGGCGAGAAUAAGGAUUUAAUCUUCGUCAAACUAACAGACUCGGCCCUGCGUACCAUCGAAGAGUUUCUACGUAAUCAGAGCAAUUGUCAUACGCGACCAACGAUACAGUUCCUAGGGAAUGAAGGGCACUUUUCGUUCCCAACGCAAAAUGGCAGCACCAAGUUCAAUUUCUCGGUGUCGCGCACCACGGACAUGGAGGGCCCCGGCGGCAGUUUCGAAUGCCUGCAGCAAACGCCGCGCGGUUCCCUCGCCGGGCUGGGACCCAUUCCGCACAAGAUACGCGUUGCCGCCAAUGAUGACGUAUACGACCAGACUAGACAGCGUAUGUCUGUGCUCGAGGAAAAUGCAAAGAAUAAAAGUACUAGGGAAAUUGAAAUGAAUCGUACUGAUAUCGGACGCAAGGUGAAAGUGAAACAGAUGCCCGGCCGCGGAAUCCCUCCAAUGCGUCGCGAGACGCCGCCGUCGGCGCGCGAGCCGAUCGGCGGCGCGAAACCGUCUUCUUACCCUCCGACGCUGCCAUCCAUCAACAAGCCGCCCCCUGUUGUGCACAACGGCAACGGGUUGUCCAAUGGCUUGGGCAGCAAUCACGUCAGCAGCUCGAAGCCGCAAAACACUAAGCCCUCCAUUUCGGACAUUGCUCGCCGCCCCAUCAAGGAGAGGAUGAUUCACUUGUUGGCGCUGCGACCGUACAAAAAGCCAGAACUUUACGAUAGAUUAACCAGAGAGGGAUUGCGAGAAAAGAAAGUGAUGAUGGUGGUGCUGAAUCAAAUUGCACACCUCAAGGACAAUUGCUAUCACCUCAACCGAGCCAUGUAUAAUGACGUACACGAGGACUGGCCGUUUUACAAUGAAUCUGAGCGACAAAUUCUCAAACGGCGGAAACCUGAAAAUUUAACCCCGCCCGGUAGCAGCGACGGCGGCAGCUCCGGCAGCGGGCACUCGCCGACGUCGACGCACCCCGGCUCACCGCCGCCGGUCACGUCGUCAUCGAAACGGCCCGGCUACUUUGACGCCGCCGACGGCGGUGGCGUCACCAAGCGCCAGCGCAUCUCUCAUUUCCGCAAGCCAUCCGAACAAGCGUACCGUUCGCCCGUAGAAACCAAUAGUCAAAGACGUCCCAUGACAGACUCGCGCGACGCCAGCAACAUGAAUCCGCGCAGCAGGGAAUCCCCAACGCCGCCGCCGGCCACCAACGGCUACCACCAUCACACGUCGCCGCCAACAGUCGCCACGCCCGCCGUCGCCAAGCCUAGUUUUAAUCUUAGCGACGAUGACGACCACCACCACCACCAUCCGAAUCCGUUCUCCGCCGCCGCCCCCGCCGUCUUUCCAAACCAACGCAAGCGUGCGCUUGCCCCAUGUGAUAGUCAUUCAAAUUCGUUGAGCACGUCGCCGCGCGAUGUGUUUAAUGGUACUGGUGGUGGUGGAGGCGGAGGCGGCGGCGGCGGGGUAGCAAGCGGUGGUGGGUCGACACGUCCGAAGGUGUCAUCUAGUACGCAGGGCAGUGGUGGUUUUAGUCAGGUGGUGCGGGUCAGUCCGGACAGCCAGUCGGAUCGGCUGCCGAUGUCAAUGAGCGGCGACACUGGCGGUUCGGGCAAGUCCUGGAAGAAGGACGACAAGGCGACGGGGCCUCCGCACUACUUAAACGAAUACACUAGCAUAAAGGACGAGCAGCAACGAAAACGGUACAAGUCCGACUUUAAUGCCAACUACAGGGAGUACAGGGAGCUGCACGUGGUCGUCGAACGGGUCUCGCAGCGCUUUGUCUAUUUGCAGGAGAGACUUAAGAGUGAGGAUAACUCGAGUCCCCGAUACAAAGAUAUAGAAAAGCAAAUAGUGAGAGAAUACGAACUAAGCAAGAAAGACUGUGAACACCAAAUGGCGAAGAAACGGUUCCAGUACCUCCACGACAAGCUGUCGCACAUAAAGCGCUUAGUCAACGAGUACGAUCAGAUGAUGGCGGACAGCCGCUACUGACCCUGGGAAACGGCCCCCAGGCCCUUUUCUACCCCACUUCGACUAUUACUUCGACUACCCAUAUUACUACUGCAUUGCUUUAUAUUCAUUAGGACAACGCGAAAGACGGCGGCGGCGGGGCGAAUACGAAACUAGAAGCAAACUCGGGAGGCAUGUGCGGAUUGAAGAAGUAUGAAAACGACGACAGGGACUUGGUUACGGAACGCGGAGAGGCGGCAACAUAAUGUAACGUGUAAUUAUAUUGCCAUCACAUCACUAUACUGCUAUACAAAUUAGACACUUAUAAUCUCGACGAGAAAAUGGCGGCCGGUCGACGUGCGGCUAUAUUGAGAAAACGAAACGGAAGUCAUGUUUGUUUUUUUUCACGUUUGACAAAUGACACCGUGUGCGCCGCCGAUAUUUUAUUAUUUGCGAUAUUGAAUUUGAAUAGUUUAAAGAAAACAAAAAAAAAUGCAAGCGCCGCGAAAGGCAACACUCAAAAUACAAAAAAAAAAGAAUUUAAUUAAUUAAGCGCGCAAACACACGCGUGUGUGUGUUUGCAGAAAAAAAAACAUUUAGAAUUGUUAUUAUUUAACGUUAUUUAUUAUUGGAGUUUUUAUUGCGACGCGGAACAUUUCGAUCACACACGCCGAAUGCCAAAAACAAAAUGGAUGCUCAAAACUAACACACAUACAUUUACACGACAAGCAGAAACAAAUAACUACUGGGAACAAUCGUCGAUAAUUUUUCUAUACGUGCUGAAUGCUUUUUUGUUUGUUUUUUUAUUAAGUUUUCCAAUUUUCGAACUUACACACACUUAGUACAAACAUUAUCGUUUUUAUUUCGACUUACACACACACACACAGACACACUGGAAAGGGACAUAAUGUCAAAAAAAAAAAACAAUCCGAGUGCAAUUAAAAUAGACUGUUUAUAUAGAUUUAAAUGAUUAAACGUAUGGUGAGAGCGCGGACGAUGACGCAUUUUGAGUGCCAUACGAGACGAAGCUUUGAAUUGAAAAGUUUGCCAAAGUCAAAAUGCAACACACACACACACACACACGAACAUGAUCAUGAACGUACGAGAGGGACGCAAUUCGGCAGCCAAUCAGUCAAUUAAUUUUUAAGCUACACACACACACCCGACACAUACACAUAUAGACAUAUUAAUUAAUUAAUUAAUUGUAUAACUCAGUAUUUAUUAUUUUGACUCAAAUGUUUGUUUGUCUCUUGUUACGUAGCACGUGCAUGCCAUUUCGUUGCAGUUACCAAUAAUAUUAAAUUGUUUCACAUUAGUUUUUUUUUUUUUGAUUGCGUCUCUAUUGUAGCAACACUCACUCACCACCACACACUCUCACCAACUUCUUCUUAUGUGUGUGUAGUUUGGUUUUCAAUCUGCUAAUUGUUCUUUUUCUUUUGAAAUGUGUGCCAAAAGUAACAACUCGGACAAUCAUCGAUUCAUUUCAACACGAAACAAUCAAAACCCAACCACCACACAGACACACAGCUCUGCAGAAAAAAAAAUGUUAUCUGUUGUUAUUUAUUGUAUAUUACUUAUUAAGUUAGUGAUUCCGAUCGUGUACAUUUUACUAUUAAUUUAAUUAAUUCUUACUGCAGUCGUAACGUAUAUUAGCGCAAUGAAGUGAAAACUAAGAGAGAGAAAAAAAACACUUGGAAAAUACAACACACGAAACGAUUUGUUGUGUAAUAGCGAUGUGGUUGUGAUUGUACAUAUUGUUUCUAAUUAUUGUAUACAUAUAAGGUUUCUUUGCCAAUCGUGUUUUUGCAGAUAUUUUGUAAAAUAUAUUCUAGCGUGCGUUAUGUUAGCAAGCGAGAGAAAGGGUUGAGAAAGCGAGCGAGAGAGAUAAAAAUGUAAACCAAGCGAAUGUUGACGACCUUGGCCUGACACUGACACACUCAUUUUUUUUUAUUAAUUUACUAUUAUUACUAUUUUCGUUUGUUUAAUUAAUUAUUACAAGCAAAGCGAAGCAAAAUGCAUGAAGGAAGAAAAACACAAAAAAAUGAUGAUGAAUCUAUAUGAGAAUUCGAUAUAUCUAUCUCGUAAGAUAUAUAAAUAUAUAAAAUAAAUAAAAAAUUAUAUGAUUACAAAUAUAUUAUAUAUAUAUAUACAGUACCAUGUAUAUCUCUUAUAAUGAUAAUUAUAUAAAAUUAUUUGAAACAAAAAAAAAAAUAAUGAACAUCAAGCAGCAAAA